AUGUCGGAUGCUCAAAGACUGAAGCUGAGGGAUGAGACUGCUUCUCUUUUCAAACAUGGUUAUGAGGGAUAUAUGAAAUACGCCUAUCCCGCUGAUGAACUACGACCUCUAUCAUGUGCACCUCUUCGCCGAUCACCAAACGCAGCAGACUACGGCAUCAACGACCUCCACGCCAACAUCUCCCUCACCCUCCUCGACGUCCUCUCCACCAUCCCUCUCCUCCAUCCCACAGCCCUACCCGACGCCCUGGAAAAGGUCGCAACCCAAGUCAACUUUGACCAAGACGUCAAGGUGCAAGUAUUCGAAAUGACCAUCCGCGCCCUUGGGGGUUUGUUGUCGAUGUAUCAGUACCUCGAUAACCUGCCGGACAAUGAGGUGGAUGUGAAGCGGUAUAAGGGGAGGAUGUUGGAGUUGGCGGAGGAUUUGGGGAAGAGGAUGUUGCCGGCGUUCAAGACGGGGGCGGGGCUGCCUUAUGCGAGGGUGAAUUUGAGGCAUGGGGUAGAGUCGAGGGAGGGGGCAGAGACUUGUACGGCAGGUGCGGGGAGUUUGAUAUUGGAGUUUGCAUUGUUGUCGAGGUUGACGGGUGAUGAUCGAUAUGAAAAAAACGCAUACAGAGCAUACACUUCUCUCUGGAAUCGCCGGUCCGACCACAACCUGCUCGGGAACGGUAUCACCGCCACUCUCGGGCAAUGGCUCCAGCCAGGCCUCAGUGGGGUCGGGGCGGGGAUGGAUAGUUAUUACGAAUAUGGUGUCAAGGCUGGUAUCAUGCUCGAUGAUGAUGCUUAUAGCGACAUCUUUUACGACUCUUAUGCUGCUAUCCAGACACACGUCCGCACCUCUGACGGCUUCAUCUACCGACCGCUCCACCUAACCCUCCUCCAACCACCAACAGUCUCCACGAUCGACUCUCUCUCCGCCUUCCUCCCCGCUGUCCAAGUUCUAGCAGGCGACCUCUCGUCCGCCAUCCGCGCCCAUUUGGUGUGGUGGAUGAUCUGGCGGAAGCAUGGGGCUUUGCCGGAGAGCUGGGAUUGGGUAGGGAGGCGGGUGGAGUGGGCUGGGUGGCCGGGGAGGCCAGAGUUUGUGGAGAGUACUUAUUAUUUGUAUCAGGCGACGAGAGACCCGAUGUACCUCAAAGUAGGACAGAGGGUACUGCAAGAUCUGACGAGAAAGACAAAGACUACAUGUGGAUUUGCGACGAUCAAGAAUAUCCUUACAGGGGAGAUGGAAGAUCGCAUGGAGAGCUUUAUGCUUUCAGAAACUCUCAAAUAUCUGUACUUGCUCUUUUCGGAUACACCGUUCGAAAACAAGAACCGGGUAUACACGACCGAAGGACAUCCGUUAUACAUGCCGCCCGACCUGCUCCAACCGCGGAGCCAAUCCCGCAAAGCCUCACACCGGGGCGAACAACUCUUCUGCCCGGUAUAUCACCCCCCUAUCGCAUUCACCAACAGCCACUCUCCCUCCUCUCCUCCCGGCUCUAGCGGUGGAGGAGAAGACAAACCAACCCCAUCAGUCGGUACCGACCCCAAACAGCUCGGCCUGAGGGUGGGUAUCGAAGACUCGUCAGAGUAUGAAUAUGCCCGGGGAUUGGUGUUUGGAUGGGGAGAGGAGGGGUUGAAUUGGGAGGUGAAGGAGGGGAGGACGGGGUGGUAUGAGGGGGGUGUUUGUAGGGUUGAGGAAGUGCCGAGAUUUGCAUUCGACUUGUCUUUGACCAAUAAUACCGACGCUCCAGAUGCCUCACCAAGCAGCAGCAAGGUCGUGCAGAAUACCACAACUGGUGAUUAUGUGAUCCGAGACGUCCAAGGUCUGAAACUGGGUGUCCGAUGGAGAUUCGAUGGCAAGGGGUAUGACGUCUCCAACAUCGACCAUCACAGAGUCCGCCCAGGCCAGCAAAUAACAAUAACCGACCCCAGUAUGAUCCCCCAGCUCCUCGCUGAUAUCGAACCCGAUCCCCUCCCCGCCGAUGCUGGUCAAGUGUCACACGGGAUUACGGAUGUGAUCCUGCGGUUCCGGAAAUACAAACCUGACUCAUCAAACCAUGGGGGUGGGGAAGUGUUUUUGCACGCUCUGGCGGCGACGGCGAUAUUUGGGAAAGACUUUUCGCUGCAAGAGUCUGGGCAGGAAGGGGAGGUAGGGAAAGGGUGGGCUUUUGGGGCUGCGCCUUUGACACUGGUCGUCUUGCCUGAUGGUGUUUCGGGCUGCGACCUGUCCCCCGCCGGGAAGAUACGAGACCUCCCGGAAGACGGCUUCGUAAUGGCCAUCUCCCGAGGAUCCUGCCCUUUCGCCGAAAAAGCGAAAUACGCCAAAGCCCACGGUGCGCAAGGCCUUAUCAUCACCGGCCUUCCCCUCCCUCCAAUAGACCCCACCAACCCUGAGCAAGGGGUAGAAUGGAAAGAAGAAUACGAAGGGAUCUACCACAACCCCCAAAGCGACCCGGGGCUGAUCCGCCCCUCGGCAGAAGGGUUUGAUGUGGAGGAGGUAGGGGAGGGGGUGGGGGUUGUUUAUGUUGAGUGGGUUGUGGGGCGGGCUUUUAGGGAUGUCGCGGGUUUGAAAGAAGGAGGAGGAGGAGGAGGGGCAGGGGGUGUGAGGGUUGGGGUAGAGAUAAUGAGCAUGGAGGAUCUGCAGAAUGGGAAUGGGGAUACUUCGCCUGCGCCACCUCGGAGGCAUAAGCGGAAACAGAAGCCUUUUGAGAGUCCUCACGACGAGGGACAUGGAGAUGGAGAAGAUCGUGGGAACAGGGAAGAGAGGAAGAAGGGAGAAGGACGGUUAGGCGUGGAAGGAUGGGAGAUCUGUAAUCUUGUGGUCGAUCCUACUGUAGUAUAA